CUGCAAAAGUUCUAUUUUUCGUGGUGAGAUAACGUCUGUAUAUCAAUCGGGUGUCUUGGCCUUAUCCUUCUCAGAAUCGAUACUUUGCGCUUGGGACAGCUAUCCUAAUAACAUUCUGUGAGUUGUGCACCCAAGUUUGUUGCAAUACACUGUUACGAUAGACGCUCAUUGCUAAAAUGUAAUACAGUGACAUUCGACGUUACACCCACAUUGGCUACGUGCUCUGCAAAUACCCUCUUUGCUGUUAUCGCUUUGUUACUAGUGGCCAACAUCGAAAUGAUUCUCCAGCUUCGAUUAUACGCGCUGUACGCCUAUGAUAAAAGAAUUGUCCUCCCUGUGUCAGCAUUGUUCGUCGCGGUCUUCGGCGGCAUGAUGGUGAUGGCAGUGAUCAUAUACCAGUAUGAGAAGAAUCACGAAGCUCAGAUCUUUGGCGCAUGCGCUAUACUUGGGUCCGUGGAUUGGCUGUAUCUUUUCUGGGUACCAAUGAUGGGCUUGGACUUUGUUCUUGUCCUGUUAGCCGGCUACAAAUCCCUUCAGCACUAUUUCCAGGUACCAGACAAGAAUUGGUCUGGUGCACGUCUUAUGCGUGCCUUUGCGCGAGACUCGAUUCUUUAUUUCCUCUGUAACUUUUUAGUAUACCUAUUCAGUACCUUGCUGGGCAAAUUCGGCCCUGUUGAGUAUUAUCAACUUGGCGCGAUCACGAUCACAGUUGUCCCACCUGUGUCGGCAAAUCGUCUCCUCAUCAAUAUGUACAACUCAGUACACACCGAGGAAGAAGAAGAAAUAGAUAUAAAGAGAGUACACUACGACGUAGAGCUCGCACCCAUGAGUAUGGGAAGUUCACUCGAGGUGUAGUCGUGUAAUGAUAUCUAUGGUACUGCCGAGUUCAUAUAGCUGGCUAUAUGACCAAAAUGCUUGUCUUGAGCAGGGAAGCUAAUUUGUGUCAUGUCGGAUGCUCUAGGAGAU